AAACCCUUUAAAACCUGUUUCAGCCCCUCAAACUCGAUCGCAAUUUCGGUUUAAUCCAAUCACGCCACUAAAAUUGUUACGAUGUCCAAACGUUGCGCUCGUGGUGACGUAUGUGACUGUGGUAUAUACGAUAAUUCAAGUUCAAAAUAUUAGUGUUCCUAGGAAUUUUUUCGUAAAAUAUAAUUUAUCAAAUUCAGUUAUUGGAUUGUUAUUUCUUGCACCUUGUGCUGGGUUUAUAACCGCGAAUUUUAUAGGCGAAAAAUAUUCAAAAUAUCUGAUACAAAAAAAAUUAAAUGCUGAUGGAACUUUUUCUCCAGAGGUUAGAAUACUUAGUGUCUGGUUUGGCUCAUUAUUAAUUCCGAUUACUUGCUUUGUUUAUGGAUGGCUAUUAGAGGAUAAUUUUCGUUACGAAGUAUUAUUAGUUAUAUGGUUUUUUUGCUCAUUUGGAUUACUAAUCACAUAUAACUCAUUAGCAGUAUAUCUUGUUGAUGCAUGUCCCGGACAUUGUGCUUCAGUGACAGCAUUAAAUAAUUCUAUUAGAUAUUUAGUAGCUGGAAUUUUGACAAUUUUUGAAACUACAAUAGAAGAUAAUUUUGGUAUUCGUGUUGAACACCAUGUCACACAAAGCUAUUAG